UUCUCUUCAUAAAAAGCAUUAUGGCAGUGGUUUCAAGAUGUUCAAGGUGGAUAAAGACUUGUAUAAACGAUCUUAAAAUGUUUGGUGGAAAUAAGCAGUAUCCAGAACAACUAAAAACCAAUGAAGGAGCGGACAGUAUGCACAUCCAACCUCUGAGAGCGGGGAGUACAAUGAAAGGUGGACACCAUAAACAACUUGUAAAAGAAAAAGAAUUUCGCAAAUACUUUGCCAAUUCUUAUGCUUAUGGUAUACAUGGUGAAAAAUGGCCUACUAAAACAAUUCUACUGUACAGAUACAGCUCAAAUGCAACAACCAAGUAUCAGGACAUUCCUGAGGACACCUGGAAAAGGUUAGACAAUGAACCAAAGAUAAACGAUGUCGACAACGGAAGACAUGCUGAACUAAUUAUGAUAGAAGAUCUCAGGAAAAUUCAAGAUUACCUUUACAUUCAGCCAAUUGACUAUGAAGGACGUUAUAAUGCUAUACUCAGCUUAGAAGUCAUUCUAAGCUACUCACCAUGUGCAGAUUGUUCGAAAAGAUUAUGUUUGGAAAAGGAAGAAAUGGAUAAAAGAGUAAAACAAAGUAAAAAAAAAUACUUUAAUUCUGUACAAGAGAAUUUGUCUGCUGUAAGCCCGACAACAGAGGUAGAAGAAGAAGAAACAAUUAAGAUGAAAAUAACUUUUUCAAACUUCUAUAUGCAUAAUGAGAUUAGUAACAAGGAAGGUUUGAAAAAUCUCUUGAAAAGUGAUAUAAAGCUUGAUAUCUUUACAGAUGAUAACUGGAAAUAUUUCUUUAACGCUGCUGGGUUAGUUACUAAGAGACAAAUAAGAGAAAAAGCGGACAAGAAAAUUCUACAAGACCUUUAUAAAGAAUUAGUUGAUCGAACAGCGACUCAUAACUGGGAAGAACUUUACCAGAUCUAAUAGAUUUCAGUGAAAUUGAAUUAAGAGUAACUUUUGUGGUAUUUUUAUUUGGGUAUUAUAAUGACUACUAUAGACGUAAAACAAAUUAAUAUGUCAGCUACUAUAAUAUAUAUCAAAUUAUAUAUCAAAACAAAACUCCUAAAAUAAUCUUUUUUACUAAUAAAUCUAUCAAUUUAUA